CCAGGGAAAAGUUUGAAGACUCUUAUGUCCAAAGGAAUCUUACAGGUACAUCCACCAAUCUGUGAUUGCCCUGGGUGUCGAAUUUCAUCUCCAGUGAAUCGGGGGCGCUUGGCAGAGAAGAGAACGAUCCCCUUGCCUCCUUCUCGGACUCCGAAAAAGGAGCCGCCUUCUAUUUUCUCACACAGCGACAACCCCAAAGAGGUUGAGAAAAUCAACGGCCGUCACCCUAAUGUCAAACAAGAAGAGGAUUUGCAUAUUAGUAUCAUGAAAAGGAGCCAAAACAGUGAUCUCACCUCCUUCCUCUCCAGCCUCCACCAGAGCCGCCAGCUCGGCAUGCCCGAGACGCAGAGCCGCUGUGAGUUCAAAAGAAGCAGCGUCGAGGUCGGCCUGGGAGCGGCAGAUGAAGUUUUAGGCAAAAGGAAAGUGUGUCUUUCCGGUAGCAACGGAGAGUGUCUUUUGGAAAACAAAAAAUCUCGAAGCGAAUCUCCAAAAGAAAACUCCCACACGCCCCUGUUGGAGGGCACAGUAACCCAGAUGACUCCGGAGGAGGAUUACAGGCGGAUGAUGUCAGCACUCAACGAACACAGCACUUUUGAGGAGCAGCAGCGUCUCUACCAGUUGGCCAGCGGGAUGUCCGUCCCGAGCCACAGUGAUAUCCUCCGGGCACGCCAGGAGGCUGCAUCGCGAAACCCCGGCAGCAUAGAGCCUCACCUGGCCUCUGCCAGCAACUCGUCCAGCCAGCGCCGAAAACAGGGGCUCCCUCAGCACCGCGAUUCGCACUUCAGCGAGAGGGAGAUGUCCCACCCGCCCCCUCUCCUGUCGCCGCAGAACGCUCCCCACAUUGCAUUGGGACCUCACUUGAGGCCCCCUUUCCUGGGGGUGCCUUCAGCUUUGUGCCAGACACCAGGUUACGGGUUCCUCCAACCAGCCCAAGCGGAGAUCUUUGCACGUCAGCAGGAGAUGCUCAGAAAACAGAACCUUGCCAGGCUCGAGAUGUCCGCGGAAAUUAUCCGGCAGAAAGAACUGGAGAACCUUCACCGCCAGCGGCUCCUGGCUAGCGACCCCAUGAGUUUGCACCCAGGUCUGCCUCCGGACCACCCAGCCUUGCGCAGCCUCCACGAUAUCCCGGAAGGACACCCGCUUCGGGAUGAGCUCUCGCGGAGGAACGCCAUGCUGGUCCUCCGACAUAACAACGCGCCGCUGCUGUCACUCAACCACCACGGGGUGCCCGCGGCCUCCACCACCCCUCCGAAGGAGCAGGGCACGCGAAGAGGCAGCCGGAAGGCCGCGCACCCUCGCUCCGAGGCGCCGGGCCAGAGUGAAUCCAAAGACUUGCUGGUGGAUACCCGUCCCCCAGACAGCAACAACGAGGAGAUGAAGGACUCGGAGAGCGACGCCGAGGCGAACGACGAGAAACCGGACGCUCUGAAGGCCGAGAACAGCAGUGGGGCCGGCGAGGUCAAAGAAUGCAAAGAGGCGGCGAAGGCUUGCGAGGGCACCAAAGAACUGGGCGAGCUGUCGGCCGGGCAGAACAUCCCCUGUAGUUCCUCUAACGCGGAGUUGCCCAGCUAUCUCCUGGGCCCGGCCAUCAGCAAAUCAGAGGUGAAACUUCUCCCCACGGCUUCUCUCCCACCAACCCAGCCUCUGCCGUUCGGUUUCCCGUAUACGAUGAGUCCGUAUUUCCAUGCAGGCACGAUGGGAGGUCUCUUUCUGGACGGGGAAGAGAGCCCGGCGGCGUUGCAAGACGUCAGCAAGUGGACCGUGGAGGAUGUGUGCAGUUUCGUGAGCUGCCUCUCCGGUUGCGCGGAAUACACUCAGGUCUUCCGGGAACAGGCCAUUGACGGCGAGACGUUGCCCCUCUUGACGGAAGAGCAUUUACUGAAUCACAUGGGCCUCAAGCUCGGCCCAGCCUUGAAAAUAAGGUCGCAGGUGGCCAAGAGGGUGGGCCGCGUGCUGUACAUGGCCAGCUUCCCGGUGGCCUUCCCGCUGCAGCCGCCUGGCCUGCGACCCACCGAUUGCAACCUGCCUCCAGCGGAGCUUCGCCCACCCUCCACCGGAAGUGUGGCAUCGUCCCUGUACGGUGGGACGCUCCUCCCCAGCCGGGUCUCACCAAAGCAGGAAAAUGGAACCCCUUUGCUGGCGGCUCUCGGAGACUCCACCAAGCCCCCGUCGUAACCCCCGCCUCUCCGCCAGC